AACUGACUUUUUAAAACAGUCGGAACUAACUAUUUAAUGAUUCUCAUUUAUUGGAGGGAUCACGACUUGGCCACAGGAUUUUAGAAACGGUGCAGGCGCAGCCGCGGAGUUUCUGUCAGCAUCAGCAUCCUUCCUCCUCUGGCUGCAGACUGGGCGACCGGAAGGAUGCUGUGGUAGGGAGGAAGCGUGAGGAUUUUAUGGCUUUUUGAUUUUGUUGUGUUGUCUGUAGGCUGUCAGAUUAUAAUCCGAUCUUUUUUUUUUGUGAUGUGUUUUUCGUAUGUAUCAUCUUAGAUAGUCUGUAUCCACAAUGUUUCCAUCUUGCUGCUCAAAGCCUGCGGAGAGCGGCACUAAAAGGAGCUCCAUCGCUAAGCUGCUGCUCGGGGUCUUUGUGGUUUAUAUACUCCACACCGUGUGGUUGCUUUACGGAUUUCUUAACACAAAACCCUGCGAUAGAAGCAACGGAGAGCCCUGUAUCGCCUCGUACCUGGCAGCAAGACCAAGGCUACAGCUGAGUGUCUUCACCUGCCUUGUGCCAGACAACAGCCAACUCAACCUCGCUGUAAAAAUAGACUCAUUCAACCCGCACUCUACUUUUGAAAGGCAGGUAAAUAUCUCUCUGCCACAGGAAACCCGAGCUAAUGGCACUCUGUAUGCAGUUGUGUACAUUCACAAAGCCGGUGUUUCACCUCUGGAGGACAACAGAGAAGUCCACUAUGCCGCUCUGCUCACCACCUACAUCACCCCCCCUCUCACAGCAGGGCAGAGAGAUGGACAGAAGAAGCCAAGUCCCAGAUCUGAGAAUCCCGUAUCCCACUGGAGACCUCACUUGUCAAUCACGAUGAUGUCAGAGGACUUCACCUUCAGCAAGGCGGGGCUUCCUAGUGAUGUGCGGCGCUACAUGAGAGUCUCACAAGAUGGCCGACAGAUGAUCUACCUUCCUCUGCUGCUGAUUAACGAGCUCAGCUUCAGAGUCAGAGACCUCAUGGAGAUCAGCAGCAGCACGGUUCAGCUCCCUCUGACUGUGUCCUACGAGGGAAUCUCUUUGAGGGGCUUCAGGUUCUGGGUUCAUCUACAGGACGUGGUUUACUCCCUGAGACAGUUUGGCUUCACAGAGGAGAACAUAGAUGAGAUUAAAGAAACAUUGGUGGAUUCAAACCUCUAUCUGUUAGUGCUGACAGCACUCAUCACAGCUCUACAAUUUAUCUGUGAAUUUUUGGCUCUUAAAAAUGACAUCAGCUCAUGGAGGAAAAAGAAGAGCAUGGCAGGGAUGUCCAGGAAGUCAGUUCUGUGGCGUAGUCUGAGCACGCUGCUGAUUUUCCUCCAUCUGUUGGAGGAGACCAGUCUACUCGUGCUGCUUCCUGUUGGACUGGGAGCGUGUGUGGAAGUCUGGAAGCUGUUCAAAGUUUUUAACUUCCAGUUUCAAUGGAAACGCUCCAAAGUCACUGUAAGUAAACUGGAUGAAGAUGAGAGAAAGACAGUGGAGUAUGAUACACAGGCAUCUAGAUACUUAUCCUACUUGGUCUAUCCUCUGUGUAUAAGUGGAGCUAUUUUCUCUCUGGCCUAUUUACGUCAAAAGAGUUAUUAUUCCUGGUUAAUCAACAGUCUGGUGACUGGAGUGUAUGCCUUUGGCUUCCUGUCUAUGGCCCCACAGCUCUUCAUCAACCACAAGCUGAAGUCUGUGAGCCAUCUGCAGGGGACAGUGUUGAUGUACAGAGGAGUGAACACGCUGAUCUCAGAUCUGUGCUCCUUUGCCUCCUUUCUCUCCUCUUCUGCAUUCUUCUCCUCCUCUCAUCAACUCUCCUGCUUCAGAGAUGAGCUUCUCUUCUUCCUCUACCUGUACCAGCGGAGGUGCUACGCCGCCAAGACCAGGAGGCGAGAGUCUGGGACUCACAGCAAGAAAGUCAAGACUCAAUGAGGAGAAAACAAUUUUUAACCUUUUUUGUUUUUUAACGAUUGCACACAAAACACAGAAUUUGAUCUUUUAAAAAACAUUAAAUACGUUUUAGAAUAUUUAAGAUGUGAAAUGAAGACUCGGUCAGGACUCUCACACAUUCUGUGUGUAACACAGCAGCUUCAGACUGAUCCAGGAUUAGCUGUUCUGCCUUUUAAGUCUUCUCUGAUGCAAACUCCCAGAGCUGCUGUUGCUGCUGCUGCUUUCUACCCGGCAUCAUGAAGUUUCAACUGGACAGCAAAAGGGACUGAAGUCUGCAGAAUCUCUGCUGUACUCAUUAAGCUGGACUCACCUUCAAGACAAAACUUCAUUUGAUUUUGCUCUGUGCACUUAAAGUGAACGUUUUCCCUGGUCCACUGUAAAGCAAAUAUCCACUAAAACAGCAAUGAUUAUAUUCAGUGAAAUACUUAAUGUUUUCAAGGGUGCAUCUUUACAUUCAAGGAAGAUUAUUCUGCCUAAACUCAUCAUCAUGUUUGCUUGCUUUAAAAACCCGAUCCUGACUUGAAUUUAAAACAAUGUCCUGAGGUUUGAACAUUGCAUGGCUUUGCAACAAAAGUGAUAAUAGUAAUAAUGAUGAUAGACAUGUAGAUGAGUCCUGCACGGAGCAGAACAGCAACUUAAAGCACUUUUCACACUUCAUCCUUUUUGAUCUACCUGCUGAUUGGUAGUUAUUCUCAUAUCUCAGAGAUGUCAUUAGAUAAAGUUGUUUUGUCAUCCAUAGUGUUCAUUCCUGUACAGUUAUUUUAAGACUGACUUUGCAAUGUUAACAUAUUAAGAGACUACACUAUCAACAGUAAGUUGUCACUUCCUGCUAUUAUCCUGAAGGCAUGUGUCUAGAUCCUUGCAAUGCAUUUUGACUAAAUUAAGCUGCUUGAUUGAAGAAGGUUGUAGAGAUCAAUAAACUUUUUACACCCUUUA